AUGGCUGUCGAUAAGCAACCAAGAUAUGGCAAAAGGCUGCUUCCUCAGAUCUUGGAUGACCUGGCCCUUACUGAACCUGAUCGAAUAAUUUACUCUUUGGCAUCGUUUCGAAAUGAUACUGCACAUUUCCAGACCAUUACUGCUCGUCUCUUUGCAAAAGCGGUUGACAAGACCGCUUGGUGGCUCUAUAAUCAGACCAGAGAACACAGGGAAACUCACAACGAAGGCCCUGAUGAGAGUGGUGGCGAACCCAACAAGAAGAUCUUAACAAUAGGUUAUAUUGGCCCUCAUGAUCUCCGACAUAUUCUUUUGAUCUACGGCGCCAUCAAGGCUGACUGCGCAGCCUUGUUUCUAUCACCCAAAAACAAUGUUCAAGGUGCUUUGGCAGUUCUCAAUGCAGCUAAAUGCGAUGUUUGGGUCAAGCCUUGGGAACAACCGGCACUCCCUUUAGUUGAGGGAUUCACAUCGUCAAAGCCCAUGGUGAUCCUUGAACUACCUGGGUUGGAAGAGCUUCUCGAUGCUGAAACUGCUGAGCCAUUUCCGUUUCAGAAGACCUUUGAAGAAGCUGUGCAUGAGCCAUUUUGUAUCACACAUACGUCUGGCACCACGGGAAUUCCAAAACCGAUCUCCUGGACACAUGGGCUGAUUGGUACUUUGGACGCUGGUGCUGGCAUGCUGAUGGAUAUUGUCGUGCCUGCAUUCUUCAAGCUUCAUUGCGUCUUGGGUCCGGCUGAAGCUCUGCCCAACAUGGCGCUCAUGGAAAAUCUUGUGGAUCAUGCAAAAAUCGACAUCUGGCAUAUGAUUCCAUCCCUCGCCGAUGAACUAGCCGAAACCUCUGAGCUUUUGCCAAAGUUCGCCUCUGCUAAAUUCAUUUGUGUAUCUGGUGGUCCUGUCAGUGCGACUCUCGUCAAAAAGGUCAACGACGUCGUAAGAGUGAUGAAUCUGACCGGAACUACGGAAGGUUUGUUCAUGGGCAAUCUUUGGCCGGAAAGAGAAGACUGGCAUUGGUUUGCCUUUCAUCCUCUCGCGGGAUUCGAAUUCAAAGAAAUCGAACCGGGGGUUUAUGAGCACUGGGUGCUUCGAAAACCUCAAUGGGACUUAUUCCAAGGCGUAUUCUACACCUUUCCCGACCAAGAAUCUGUGAACCUCAAAGACCUCUAUAUACGACAUCCCUCCAAGCCAUACUUGUACGCCUACAAAGGAAGAAGUGAUGACGCAGUGGUUUUGUCCAACGGAUACAAGAUCGCUCCUUUGGACACAGAAGCAUUGAUCACAACACAUUCUGCAGUUGAUGGCUGUCUCGUCAUUGGGACAGGCAAACCGCAGGCAGGUUUGCUUAUCGAACUCAAACAUCCUUCAACUCGAAACAAUGAGUUGUUUGAUAGCAUUUGGGAAAUCGUGGAACGAGCGAAUAAUUCUGGUUUCCAAAAGGUCAGACUCCAACGAGACUAUAUUGCCUUUGCAGAGCCAGACAAGCCCUUCAUUCGGACGGACAAGUCAACGAUCAAGCGCCGAGCCACUUUGGAACUCUAUGCAGAAUUCAUUGAUCGCUUUUACGCCACGAGGGAUGAAGGAGCAAUCAACGAAGAAUUCGACAUGUACAGAAUAGACGCAACUUCAGAGGACACCAUUCUUUCUUCGGUUCGAAAAGUAUUGUGUUCGAUCAUCCCUGAAGUUCAAGCCGCAUCACCGGACGAAGACGUCUUUGACAUGGGACUGGAUUCUCUUCUGGUAUACCACUGUAUAAGAGUGAUUCGAGCAGCUACAGGUUUGAAGGACAAACUUACUGCUAGACAUCUAUAUGGAAAUCCAACGCUUUCCAAGUUUUCGGCGUUCCUCGCAACACUACUACAACAAGAAACGAAAGAAACGGCAGAUUUUCCGACCAAUGAACUUACAAAUGGACGAGUCGACCGCUCAGACGGAAACACAAUCCAGCAAUCAACAAAUGGUUCGACCAAGGAACAUGGUCUUCUGAACGCAAUACAUGAGCACAACCGACGCACGGGUUUCAAAAUGAAUCCAUUUGAUGCAGUGAAUCCAAACCACUAUAUGGGCUUCACCUUCUUCUUCGCCUUACCUCCUGGGACCAGUUCUCAAGACGCUUUCAAAGGUCUCCAAGCCGGUUUAUGUCGUGCAUUCCAAAUCAUCCCCGAGCUUGAUGGAAAAAUGAUGCACGCCCCUGAACACGAGUUCGGCUACAGGAAAGGCGAAUACUCCAUCACAAUCCCCCCUCCUUCGAUGGCAACGACUUCUAAUCCUCGACAGCUCCUCUACAAGGAUAUGAAGCACGUUCUUCCGUCAUUCCAAGAGAUGCGAGACAAGAGUUUCUCACGUUCUCUCUUUGCAGACAGAACCGUUCUUGACUGCUAUCCCUUCCCAGAUAUGCCCGCCGACCUCCUGGUCGCUCAUGCGAACUUUGUGGAGGGCGGAUGCAUUCUAGCCACAAACUUCAUCCAUACUUGUUUUGACGGUUUAGGCGCCUUGAUAGCACUCAAAGUCUGGGCCGAAUGCUGCAGAUAUGUGCACGGGGAUCAUUCAGCAACAUGUGACUGGUACGACCCAGAGAGUUUCAAUCACAGUCUGCCCGAAAUUCUCUACCAGCGCGAGGGGUACUCCAAAGCCGCUCACGAAGUCGACCCUGUUGUGUGGGACUUCUUGCCAUUCUUUCCACCGGAUGAGGUGGUUGAAGCCCGCGACCGCAAGAUCAGGACAAGCUCCAAAGAGCUCUCACUGGAUUUCCCAAGGCCGGUUUAUCGACGCCAGCCUAGAUGGCCCACGGCGCCUUCAGAUCGUUCUUUGGCUAGUACGUUCUUUUUGAUCUCCCGCGAGAAUCUACAAAAGCUCAAAUACGACGUGGCUUCGCACCCUGAAGUUAGGAGCAAGAACGUAUCAAUCAGCGACAUCGUCCAGGCAUUCCUGUGGCGCACAGCAAUCCGGGCACGAUAUCUGGUGGCCAAAGAAGUUCGAGGCCACGCUUUUGGCCCGGAUGACAUGUCCAUUUUGGAGAUACCCAUCGACGGCAGGCUGUACUUCUCCUCACAAUUGCCGUCGUCUUACAUGGGCAGCUUACUCAUUAUGAGUCGGACAAUGAUGCCUAUCGAAGAACUGUGCUCGCCAGACACCAGCCUGGCAAAGAUUGCCUCGGCGAUUCGCAAAACAUUAUCCCGAGUCAACACUGCCUUGGUUCAUGAUGCCUUCACUCUCCUGCGAUCGAUGACGGAUUAUACCAAGCCGGCGACUGCGAACAUGGGUCUGGAGCACAUGAAUGAGAUGAUUUCCAACAUGAUCUUGUGGCAACCCGAAGACAAUCUUUCCUCUUUUGGUGAGGGCAUCUUCGCUGGAGGCAGGCCGGAAGCUGUCUGGCCACAGAUAGAACGUGGGCAUCGGCGUUUCAGAUUUUCUCUCAUCCAUCCUUUGAGAGCAGACGGCGGUGUAGAGCUUGAAUUGGGCACCUUACCGGAAGAGCUGAAGAUGCUGCAGGUUGAUGAACACUUCACCAAGUACGCCAGGCUUCUGGACAUCAGGCCAGGAACAGGAUGGUAA